AUGGUGGCAGCUGCCCUGGGCACGCUGGACUUCAGCCUGCUCUACGACCAGGAGAACAGCGCCCUACACUGCACCAUCAGCAAGGCCAAGGGCCUGAAGCCGAUGGACCACAACGGGCUGGCAGACCCCUACGUCAAGCUCCACCUGCUGCCGGGAGCCAGUAAGGCAAAUAAACUCAGAACAAAAACCCUCCGAAACACUUUGAACCCCACAUGGAAUGAGACCCUCACUUACUACGGGAUCACAGAUGAAGACAUGAUCCGAAAGACCCUGCGGAUCUCCGUGUGUGACGAGGACAAGUUUCGCCACAACGAGUUCAUCGGGGAGACGCGAGUGCCCCUGAAGAAGCUCAAACCCAACCACACCAAGACGUUCAGCAUCUGCCUGGAGAAGCAGCUGCCGGUGGACAAGACAGAAGACAAGUCCCUGGAGGAGCGGGGCCGCAUCCUCAUCUCCCUCAAGUACAGCUCACAGAAGCAGGGCCUGCUGGUCGGCAUCGUGAGGUGCGCUCACCUGGCUGCCAUGGACGCCAAUGGCUACUCAGACCCAUACGUGAAAACAUACCUGAAGCCAGAUGUGGACAAGAAAUCCAAACAUAAGACAGCGGUAAAGAAGAAGACUCUGAACCCAGAGUUCAAUGAGGAGUUCUGUUAUGAGAUUAAGCAUGGGGACCUAGCCAAGAAGACUCUGGAGGUCACCGUUUGGGAUUAUGACAUUGGAAAAUCCAACGAUUUCAUUGGUGGUGUGGUCCUGGGCAUUAAUGCCAAGGGCGAGCGCCUGAAGCACUGGUUUGACUGCCUGAAGAACAAGGACAAGCGGAUCGAGCGCUGGCACACUCUUACCAACGAACUCCCGGGGGCUGUGCUCAGUGACUGA